AUGGAUGCAUCUUCAGAUCUGUUGAGUGGGAGUUGUGGCGUUGGGUGGAUCAUCAAAGAUGGCUUAGAGGCCCUACUCCACCAAAAUUCUGCAAAUCGGUGCUUUGUAGGCUCGGCCUUAGCUGCAGAAGCCCUAACACUUAAGACUGCUCUCUUAGAUGCAGUGUCUUCAGGUAUCAGAGCUUGUUUAUCAGACUCCAAGAAUCUCAUUUCUCGACUCACUGGCAAUGGCAAUUCCGUCAAGCUCCAAGGAAUCUUCUGCGACAUUCGCGUGCUGAGUAACUCCUUCGAAUAUAUCUGUUUUUCCUUCAUUUCCCGUUUAAUCAAUGUUUCAGCUGAUUAUGGUUUCAAAAUGAGCCUUAUCCCAGGUCCACAACAUUCUCCUCACGGAGAUGUAAUAUCCGUUUAA